ACUUUUUACGUAUUUAUAUUAAUAUUGGAACUUGCGCAGAUUUCACCUGCGCCGCAAUUCACGCCAACUCACUACACCUCAUGCGUGCACUUCCGUUUUAAACGCAGUUGCCGUGGCCAAGAAACGAGGAAAUAAUAUUUUACACCGUGCAGUCUCUUCAUCUGGACUUAUUAACGUAUUACUCGGUGAUCCAAGUUCAUUUUCUUCUUGUUAGGAGGAAGCCGCAUUUCGCACAGCGCCGUGCGCUUCCCCGGGAAGCCAGCAUGCAUCGAUAUGGGAAACUACUUCACUAAGACAAUUGACAGGUGGGGCUUAAAUCCUCGGAAGGUCACGAACCAAUCAAGGAAAAAGAAAGUCCCUCCCGAGGAUCCACACCGUGGGUCAGCCGAGACGCACGUGUAUGACACUGUAGCAGAGGCGCCUGUGUAUUCAGUUCCGAAGAAGAAGAAGAAGUCGGAAGAGGAAAUCCAGUAUGCUGAGGUCCAGGUCUUUCAGAGACAGUCCUCUGCCGGCCAGAGAACGCUGCCUACAAGUACCGGCACAGAAUAUGCCACCAUAGACUUCCAGGCUAAGCACGCCGCUCCUAGCCGCAGCAAAAGUGUCAAUUCAGCUACCAUUCAGAAAACUGCAGAUAUCUCCAUUUCCCCAGAAGAUUUUCUGAAGCCCAUCCCUAAGCCGCGACUGAAUAAGACGUCUUCCCAUCGUCUAGGAUAGCACAGAUCCCAUAACAUACCUGUCUGGUCUAUAACAUGCUCAUUAUACGUGUAGAAUAUUAUAGCUGCCCACAUCCAUAGAAUGUCACUCGUUAGCUUAGUGCUCACUAAAAAUGAGAUGCUGCGUUGCCCUACAGUUUAAAUGUCACGCAUGGCAUGCGCUAGCUACAGCGUUUUGCAUGGGCAUUUUAAUAGCUAAUUUUUGUCCUAGGUCAACUGGAAAAUUUGGCGAUGUUGAGUUUUGAUUAAGCUUGGAAUGAGUAUCUGCUGUGGAAGUGAAAUAAAAUCCUGACCUAGCUACA